GUCGUUUCGUUUUCGUGUGGUUCGUGCUUCGUGACGUGAUUUCCAAUUUUAUAGUUUUAUCAUUAUCUACAGUGAAUUUUAAAUAUUAACGUCCAAGAAGAUGUCUUCACGAGGGCGAGGUUAUGGAGGUUAUAGCAACAGAGGUAGUUACAAUGGCCGCGGGAGCAGUUACAGGGGCUCAUAUCGUGGAAGUAGCCACCGCGGUUCAUAUGAAAGCCGCGGAGGACGUGGAGGUGGUUACUCUUCCUACAACAAUGAUUCCCGCUAUAACAACAGCAGCACCAACCGUUAUAGCGGCACUCGUGACAGGAUAGAAGAGUCUUAUUCCAAGAAAAAUUAUAGAUCUGAAAGCUCUGCAAGUUACUCAAACCGAGAUUAUGGUGGUCGAUCAGGUUCACCUGAUCGAAAAAGGAUGAGAAUUGAUGGGUCCUCGAGCGAUAGACGUAGCCAUGAUGGCGGCGGGCAUUACGGUGGAUCCUACGGCGGUAGACAAGAAAGUUACAACAGCGAAAGGCGAUCAUUCGGUGGUGAAGACAGAAGACGUUCACCGAAUCGCGAAACGUACCGCAAGCCUAGUGGCAUGGGUCCGCCGCGAGAACCGCCUCGCUCGUCAGUGCGUCCCCGCGCGGCACGACGCUCGUUCCGUGGCCGCACCAUGCGCUCGCGCGCCUCAUUCCGCGGCGCACCGCGCUCACGCGGCACCUUUACCGCCAGGAGAUUCAAUGAUCGUUCGCUCGGCUAUACCCGAGCGUUCAAAUCAAUCAAAGGGAGAAGCUCUGUUAAAUCUAAAGAAGAAGCUUCUUCAACUGAGGAAGAUUGGGAUGCUGAUGAAAAGGAAGAGAUUGUUGAAGAAAAGAAAGAAUCUAAGAUUAAAUCUCCUAAGGAAGAAGAAGAAGAGGUGGACGCUUCAGAUGGUGAGGCAGGCGACGUUGGCGAUGACACUGACAAGGAGCCCGAUACUGCAUCGGAUGCAGCGCCACCACGUACGCGCUCCUACAUACAUCUGUCUUGUGUGCACUGCAAGGAGAAAUGUGCCACUUUUGGUGGGUACGCGAAGCACCUGUUGUCUAGUAAGCACCGCGCCGCGAUGAGCGCAGUGGCUCGUCGUCAUAAGGCUCAGUUGUUACGCAUGCGCGUGGCUCAGCGUGGGGCGCAGCGCGAGCUUGAAGCGGCGGCGGGCGCGGACCUAGCCCCCCGUACCACGUUCUGCCUAGUGUGUCGCCUCAAUCACCGUACCACGAGACACGCUCACAAUCUCACCGACACACAUCGCGCGAUGAAACGCUUCCUGAUGCCCUUCUGUCGCAUCUGCCGCGUCACCUUCCGCUCCCCAAUGAUCUACGAGCAUCAUAUAUGCUCCCUCGAUCAUCUCAAGAGAAAAGCAAGCCAAUCUGUACGUCGUGCGAGCCCUAAGGCGGAGGGUAGUGGUGAUGAGGGAAUGGAUGUUGAUUUGGAUAACUUUAUGACCCUCGAUUCAGUAGGCGACGUUGACGAAGUGGAAGAUGAUGACUCAGGUGGUGAAAAGAAAGAGGAGUCUGCACCUAAGAAACCAAAAGUGGAGAUCAACAUUGGAAGUGAACAUAUAAAAAAGAUGGAGGUAUGGUGGUGUGAGUUAUGCCGUGUUUACUUGCCGCGCUUGGAACCUGGCGGCGCGGAGGAAGCUGAGGCGUUGCGACGACACUGUCGCCUGCGUAUACAUCUCGGACGUUACGUGCAGCAUCGCGACACGCGUACACUGCGCAAGCACGCCGAGCGCAUACAUAGGCAGCUGCAUCAACAGAAAGAGGAAGAGAAGGAGGCGUCGGCUGCUGACGAAAGCGGAGAAAAAGUUAAACAAGAGAAAACUGAAACUAUUGAAGAUACUAAAAAGAAUGAAAAUGGUUCUGAAGCCGUUAAUAUGUCGGGAAGUGAAGAUAAACUGUGGGCAGAUGUAGACAAAGAUAUUGGUGAACUUCUGCGUGAAGUCGAUCCCCAAGAUAAUGAAGGCAGUGAUGAUGAUGAUGACCUUGACAGGUAUGAAAAAUACAGGAAGAGUGAUAAAAAGCCCAAAAAUGAAGGGGAAGAAGAAACGGAUGCUAUUAUAACAGAGAAUUCCAACGAAAAAAACAACAUUGAAGUUAAAGCACCUGCUUAAAUUAUCUGUUAAGGGUCAGUGCAAACCAGGCGGAAGAUUCGUCGAGCAUCAUACGGAAGUAUGCGUUAGUACGUGACUGCUUAUCCAUAGAAAGUGCAGUCAUAUCAUAUAUUUGUCACUUCUGAUGUUCUGCAACCGACGACGCAUCUUCCGUCAAAUAUGCACUUUGUGUCUGAGGCACUAGCAUAUUAUGUUAUAUUAUAGGUUAAGAAACACUAGUUAUUCUAGUUACGUUCUAGGUAGAUAUAGUAUAUGUAUUUUCAAAACUCUGCAAUAUUGAACGUGUGACAUCAUUAAAAUGCAUAUAG